UGGUAUCGUCUUUAAUUUGUAUGAUCACAAACAUCUGCAUGCAUUCAACAACAAAAUGAAAAGUCAGUUAAAAGAUUUGCUCCAGUGGACACAACAUGAAACAGUCCUCACUGACGGUGAAAUCAUCACACUGUUGUCUUCACAUUCAGACAGUGAGAACAUCACAUAUACUGGUGUGGAGGUGUGGUGCAUACAGACGCAGGGUGGGGUGAGACAAAAGCCGAACGAACCGGCUCCUCGCUUGGAAAAACAAAAAGGAUCAUGAAAACAAAAAGACACAGUGAUGUUAUAUUGGUUGGCUGCACCCUGUCCUCAUGCCUCUGUGUACACGCCUCAGGUGAAGACGGGACAAAAAAAAAGUCUGAGACAGUGAGCAACAGGGAGUGGGUGUGUGUCCUGGGUGGAGACACUUUUGGGUGGGAUUUAGGUGCCACACAUUCCCCGAACAAGAAAGAUCUACAGACUGAACGCAGUGUUUCAAAUCUGACACUCUCUGAGCGAGCUGCACACCUCUGAUCCAGACAGGUAAGCUUCUUUUUUCCUUACUGACAAGUACUAUUAGUGAAUUUUGAUGUAUGAGAGGGAUUUCGUACUGUAGGUAUUUUAUUACAGGCUCUGUAAACUGAUCUGCAGUUUAAACUUCUUGUGAUCUGUCGCAGCCUUUUAGGAGCAUCACCAUGAGUGAAACUGCAGAGGCUUUGGCUGCGAACCUCAAGAGCCGAAGAAAUGUGACCAUUGAGAUCUCCAACGUCACCAAUAACUACUGCCUGCUGGACCCCGUGGUUCACUUGGAGAGCGGCAACUGCCACAGUCCACCCCAACCCAUCGUGCGCCCACUGAAAACCGAGGUGUGCAACUUCAGCAAGACCAGUGCCAAAGCCUCCGGCGCGGUGGGCCUCCUGGCCUACGACCUGUUCCAGCAGAACAAAGGCGAAACAGAGAAAUUAGUCAUAAUGUUCUCUGUGCCCUACGACUAUGGCGCGUACAAGAACUGGGUGGCCAUAGGACUCUACGAGCCGGGCAAAGAGGUCAACGAGGCUCUGUUCAAAGAGAUGUAUUACAACAAAGAGCAGGUUAACUUCGUGCGGGCAGAGGCCACCGGCUCCAGUCUCAUAUAUGAGGGCAGGAACCUCGACAUCAUGGUCACCAUGUCACCUCUGGGCAGGGCCAUCAUGAAGGUGGAGGUGUGGGACAAGCUCUUCACUCCGAGAAUGUCACAGGGUCCGUACUAAGAUGCAUUUCUGUCAAAAAUAAUCUAGUUUGACACAUCAGCGUGUGGUGUCACACAUGUUGAGGCCUCUGUACAUCUGUGCUACUGUACCAUCUGUUCAUGCAAUAAAUCCACAACAAGUCUGAUAUGA